AUGAAGGAUGCUCUUGCUGAGAAGGCUGCACAUGCACUCGCAUUUAAGGAAUUUGAUCCUGUCAUCACUCCUGAGCAUUGCUCUACAUGGUUAGCAGAAAUGCAAACUUGGGAAGAUAAUCUGAAUGACACAUCAAUCUCUAAUCUGCUUGAGACCAAAGCCAUGGCUAGAAUGCAAGCAGGAGUAAGGCUAAAGUUCAUGGAGCUGGAGGCCAAGGAGCUUCAGCAUAGACCUGGAAGAGGAACAGCAUCAUCUGGCCAAUAUUGCCAAGUUGAUGGGUCAACAUGCUACCAACACACAGAAAGGCAGUCUCACACAGAUGCAGAACUCACUUCAUCAUUGUUAUGA